GGAAUAUCAUUCACUGUCUCUGGGUGACAUGGCUGAUGAAAGCUCAGUACUUCCCCUACUCAAAUAACAUCUCCUAUUUGCUUUUUCAUGUGCACUUGUUUCAUUAGGGCUCUUAAAGAAUGUACAGAAGACUAAAGAAUAGUGUACACAUAGCAGAUGUGAUGGUUUUCCAAUGAUUAUUAUUCACCACAGAUCUGUCCUGAUUUCAAAGGACUCAUACAAAGUUCACUGCAAUUGUUGCACUGCUCUAAAGACUCCUGAUUAUGCACUAAAAAAUUGAUAUUUUGGAUUCAAGGCAAGAAGUGGAGAAAGGAUUUUUUCCCCCACUUAGUCUAGAGAUUUUCAUUUUUUUUAUUUUUCUAAAUCAGCAUUUCAGCAUUUUUGACUAACAUCUUAAGGACUGAUGAUCGGGCUAAGGAGUUUGCUAACACUCUUUUUCAUCAUCUGGUGUCUUGUACUGCAUCAGUCUGCUACAGAAAUCUGUGGCACCAUGGACAUUCGAAAUGAUGUUUCAGAGUUGCAUCAAUUAGAGAAUUGCUCUGUAAUUGAGGGAAAUCUUCAGAUCCUGCUUAUUUCCACCACUCAAGGUGAAGACUUCCGAGGGCUCAGUUUCCCAAGGCUGGUCAUGAUCACCGACUUUCUGCUACUUUUUCGUGUCUAUGGACUGGAGAGCUUGAGAGACCUUUUCCCAAACCUCUCCGUCAUCCGUGGCAAUCAGCUCUUUUUUAACUAUGCACUAGUCAUUUUUGAAAUGCCUCAUCUACGAAUGAUAGGGUUGCACAGCCUGACAAGGAUAAUGAGAGGGGCUGUUAGAAUUGAGAAAAACCAGGAGCUCUGUCAUCUUUCCACUGUUGACUGGACAUUGCUGAUGGAUUCAACGGAGAACAACCACAUAGUAGGCAACAAGCUUCAAGUAGAGUGUGCUGAUGUGUGUCCUGGUAUCCUAGAUGAGGAAAAGACCUGUGUGAAGACUGAUGUCAAUGGGCAUAAAGACUACCGGUGCUGGACCUCCACCUACUGCCAGAAAGUUUGUUCCUGUGGGGGUCAAGGAUGCACAGCAAAUGGAGAAUGCUGUCACCGGGAAUGCAUUGGUGGAUGUUCCCUUCCUAAUGACAACCGAGCCUGUGUAGCCUGCCGCAAUUUCCUAUACAAUGGACGCUGCCUUCCUUCCUGUCCAGCCCGCACAUAUGGUUAUGCAACGUGGCGCUGUGUGACUGCAGAUUAUUGUGCCAGUCUACGCAAAGUAUCUGAGGAUCCACACAAGGCAUCGAAGUUUGUUAUCCACAAUGGAGAGUGCAUGUCAGAGUGCCCUGCGGGAUUUACUCGGAAUGAAAGCAGCCUCUUCUGCCAUGAAUGUGAGGGCUUGUGCCCCAAAGAGUGUAAAAUUGGCACCCUGACCAUUGACACCAGUCAAGCAGCACAGGAGUUAAAAGGCUGCACCCACGUAGAGGGCAAUCUCAUUCUCAACAUUCGCAAAGGUAAUAAUCUGGCAUCAGAACUGGAAGCCAGCCUUGGAAAUAUUGAAACCAUCACAGGGUUUCUUAAAAUCAAGCACUCGUUUGCUCUUGUGUCAUUGUCAUUCUUCAGAAGUCUGCGGCUAAUUCGUGGAGACUCUAUGGUUGAUGGCAAUUAUACCCUUUAUGUGCUGGAUAAUCAAAAUCUAAUGCAGCUAUGGGACUGGGACCAUCACACUCUAUCAAUUCCAGUAGGCAAAAUGUACUUUGCUUUCAAUCCUAAACUGUGUCUGAGCCAAAUCUAUGAAAUGGAGAAAAUUACGGGCACCCAAGGACGUCAGAACAAAGCGGAAAUAAAUCCUCGCACAAAUGGAGACCGUGCCUCCUGUAAGAGUAGAACACUGCGCUUCAUUUCCAAUGUGACAGAGUCAACCAAGAUCUUUAUAAAAUGGGAACGUUACCAGCCUUUGGGCCUCCGGGAUUUAAGCAGCUUCAUAGUUUAUUAUCGGGAAUCACCAUUUCAGAAUGUGACAGAGUGGGUUGGUCAAGAAGCCUGUGGUUCUAACAGCUGGAACAUGGUAGAUGUUGACCUUCCAUUGCACAAAGACCAAGAUCCAGGAGUAGAGCUGACUAAACUAAAACCAUGGACACAAUACGCCAUUUUUGUCCGCGCCAUUACCCUCAGCACAGCUGAUGAAGAAAACAAUCAUGGAGCUAAGAGCAAUGUCAUCUACAUAAGAACACGUCCUGCUGCUCCAACAGUGCCUCUUAAUGUGCUCUCAAUGUCAAACAGUUCUACCCAGCUGGUAGUUCGCUGGAAACCACCGAAUCAUCGCAACGGUAACAUUACCUAUUACCUGGUACGCUGGCAGAGACAGGAAGAAGAUGAAGAGCUAUACAUAAGUAACUACUGCAACAAAGGACUCAAGCUGCCAACUACCAAUGCAGACACCACCUUUGAAGAUGAUGAUGACGAUUCCAAUCAGGAUGGAGAGGACAAGUGCUGUCAAUGUCCAAAAACAGAAAGCGAGCUUGCAAUGGCAGCAGAGGAAAUAUCUUUCCAAAAGAAAUUUGAGAAUUUUUUGCACAACUCCAUAUUUAUGCCAAAGUCUUGGAAAGUAGAGUCAGUAAUUAAGAAUUCACUAAGAGUACCCUGUGGACCAAGACGUGCAGGGGUUGCAGGACCUUACAGUUGUUCCUAUUCCGGACACGGCAAACAGCUGAAGAAACGACGGGACACAAUAUGGGUCGCAAACAUGACUGUGGCCAGCAGAAAUGAUACUUCCAUAGAUGGACUUAACGUGACAGUGGAAAAUCAGAGCACUGUGAAUCAUACCAGUUCUAGCUCCAAACCAGAAGAUAAUGAGUACCCCAUUCAAGAAGAUAAAGUAUUUAUGCGUGAGCGCACUGUCAUUUCCAAUCUUCAUCACUUCACUUUUUAUCGAAUUGACAUCCAUGCUUGUAAUCAUGCGGCUCAUAUGGUGGGCUGCAGUGCUGCUACUUUCGUCUUCACUCGAACCAUGCCUGAAUUAUAUGCAGAUAACAUUCCUGGCAAGGUGACUUGGGAGCCGGUGGGUAAGAAUGUUAUCUUGUUAAAGUGGGAAGAGCCUCCCAGACCCAAUGGACUGAUUCUCAAGUACCAGAUAAGAUACACAAAGCUCAAGAAAGACCAGGAUGAGGAGUUUGAAGCAGAGGAAUGUGUCCCUAGAAAAAUGUAUGAGAAAUUCAAAGGUUAUCAAAUCAGGAGACUGCAGGCAGGCAACUAUAGUGCCAUUGUUAGAGCAACGUCACUUUAUGGAAACGGUUCUUGGACUGAACCAGUGAACUUCUAUAUACCUGGAUCAGAGGAAGAUGUUUCAUUCACCACCUUUCUUCUAAUGCCUGUGGUUGUCAUUGUACUCAUUACACUGACAGUGAUCUUUAUGUACCUCUACUAUAAAAAAAGAAACAAUCUACUUCAUAUCCUAUAUACAUCAGUCAACCCAGAAUACUUCAGUGCUUCUUAUGUGUACAAGCCAGAUGAGUGGGAGGUGGUCCGUGAAAACAUUACCAUUGUCCGAGAGCUGGGCCAGGGGUCCUUUGGCAUGGUGUAUGAAGGAUUAUUGAGAGGCCCCAGUGGAGAUCAUGAUGUCCGGCGUGUCGCUCUCAAGACUGUCAGUGAAUCAACCGGCAUUAGGCAACGCAUUGAAUUCUUGCGAGAGGCUUCUGUAAUGAAGGGAUUCAGCUGUCACCAUGUGGUUCGUUUACUAGGUGUAGUUUCAAAGAGCCAGCCUGCCUUAGUAAUAAUGGAACUAAUGACACGUGGUGAUCUUAAAAGCUACCUGCGUUCCCUGCGUCCAUCAUCUGAGAAUAACCCUGGUAAUCCUCCUCCUCCUUCACUAAAGCAAAUGUUACAGAUGACUGGGGAAAUCGCAGAUGGUAUGGCUUAUUUAAAUGACAAAAAGUUUGUGCAUCGUGACCUGGCUGCACGUAACUGCAUGGUGUCAGAAGAGUUCACCGUCAAAAUUGGAGACUUUGGAAUGACCCGGGAUGUUUAUGAAACUGACUAUUAUCGUAAAGGGGGGAAAGGUCUUCUACCAGUAAGAUGGAUGUCACCAGAAGCUCUGAAAGAUGGAAUCUUCACCACUUAUGCAGAUGUCUGGUCUUUUGGUGUGGUAUUAUGGGAGAUUGCCACAUUGGCAGAACAGCCUUAUCAAGGCAUGUCCAAUGAGCAGGUUCUUCAUUAUGUCACACGUAAUGGUAUCCUGGAGAAGCCAGAUAACUGCCCAGAGAAAUUAAAUUAUCUAAUGAGAUGGUGCUGGCAGCAGAAUCCUAAAAACAGACCAUCCUUCCUGGAAAUUCUGGAGAGCAUCAAAGAUGAACUGGAUCCUUCUUUCCACACCGUUUCCUUUUUUUACAGUAGAAAUACGAAACAGGAGGUCACAAAACCUGCUGAGAGAAAAAUAAAAGGCACUUCUGUGUUGGACUUGGUCAGCAAUCCACUUCUUCCAACUCAAAAAAUGAAGAAUGGCAGUGCAACAGCCUUGCCACUGACGGAUAAAGCAAACCGCUACAUUCAUUGUAAUGGCACAGAGAGUGACAAAACCUUUCAGACAUCCAGAUACUUGUGAAUUCUUCUCUAAUGAGUGGCUUGUAAAAUCUAUCGUUAGCUAUACAGUUGUGAAGAAAUAUGAUUCUUUCUUUAAGGAUUUCUAUUAAAAUAGUUUUAAACUAACUUGAACUACUGGAUGAAAAAAAUCCUAAUUUCACUGUUAGCCAAUAUACAGGAUAAAAAAGAAUAUCCAUAAACUAUAUGUAAACUGAAAUAGGAGCGAGCUGUAUGUAUAAUUAUGCAAUCUGAAGGAGGAAGUUAAUUAGCUUCAAUUAUCCGGUGCAGUUUUUGUUUAUUAUUACUUGUUGAUGCUUUGUAAAGGUGUUUAACUGUAUUGUAGUGGUAAUUCAAACAAUUACUGUAUGUGCUUAAACUGCAACAUUGUUUUAGAGGACAUUAUUAUUGAAUAAAUACAAAGCUAUAUAAAUGCAUAAGUAUGAGAUGGCAUUAAAAAUAACAUAUGCAGCAACGGUAUGUUCUCAUACAUCUUUAGGAAAUUCGUUCUGUGUCUUUUGUAUUGUCAAAUUGUGAAACUGCAUCCUAGAUGUCCACAUCUCAGUGCUGCUCAAGAGAUAAAGCCUAUCCUGGUAGCAUCAGCCACAUUUGGCUGCAAACCUGAACAAAGAUGCCCAGUCGUUAUCACAAGAGUCACUCACUCAGACAGGGGCAAUUUAGAGUCAACUCUCAACCAAACCUACAUGCCCAUUGGAUUUGGUGUGAAACUGGAAUAAUUAGGUAGCAAAGACACUUGGAGAGAAGAUAAACCUGCAGACCACACUAGUCGAUGAAUGGUGCAGGAUUUCAACCCAGCAGUCUGUAGCAGUGAGACAGCAGUGGAGAACCUCCCUCCUUCCCCUACUUGAACAUACAGAGCUACAGAUGAACACAACCCAUUCUGUUGUUCAUUCCUAUCAUCCAUUGGCCUAUUGCAGAAAUCAACAGUCAACAUUUACUCCUUUCAGUCACUGUUGAUUUCCAGCAGCAGCCUGUUUUGAUGACUGCAGUUUAUUAUUCAUUAACACAUAAAGUCUUGAACUCUACAGUUGGCACUUAAUAUGUUAAACAAUAAAAUAACAGAAAAAGUCAAAGACUCCACUGUAUGAAAAUGAACUAGCAGUGUAUAAGCUCAUCUGGGCUGAUACAAAAAAAAACAUACAUGGAAAUGUUGGACACCAUUCAUUGUUUGCCUUGUACAUCUUAGAAAUGUGCACAUUUGGUAAGUUGGCAGCUCUAAUUUGAGGAUCCAAGAAAAAGCGAGUGUGCAAUAUGAUGUCUUGAUUUCCAUUCCUGUGUCUGGUGACAAUGGGAUUGAUUACAGACCCUAAAGAGCUGAGAAUCAACGUUUCAAGAAGGUUCAGCAAUUGGAUGGUAAGUGCAGCCAUUAGGCUGAGAAAAAUACACAUGAAAAGCUCAAUAGCCAAUAAGUUUAUCUUGGAUGUACCUGCAUGUGGUGAAGCAGAUGACUGAAUAAAGCAAUUUCUAUAAUUUAAUGAUCCUGCCAGUGUAGUUAAGCUUAAGGUUUUGUGAGCAUAAUGUCUACAUACUAAAUGGGGAUGCAACCUUGAGAGAGCCACACAUUUGAUUAAGGCUGUGAAAAUGGGGCCAAAUGUUGCUUAGGAAAAAAGAAAGUGCCUCCUGGUGCCUCAUUCUGCUGUGUUGCUUAAUAUAAUAAUCUUACAGGAUACAUUUGUACUAGUUUAUAUUAUGUAUUGUUGGGUUUAACAAUUAUUGUCAAAUAUAUCUUUGCAUGUAUUAUCUGGAAAACUAAUAUGCAAAUGUAAAUGUGUCACUUACAAACUGGAACCUUAGAGUAAUACUGAAAAUAUAAUUAAUAGUGUAGGAAGACAACCUUGCAUUAAUAAACUUGCAGUUUUGAAACCCA